UAGAAUAGCUCUAGGCUCGUUAUCCACAAACCAAGCUUUGCCUGCAGAAGUGCCAUCUGGGGGAGACUCACCGGCAUAAAAAGCAGAAAGCCCCACGUAACCAGAAGCUAUAUACGAACUCGACACGUCUCCAUGACAUUUCCACGUGUCGUACUGUGACAGAAGGUUUCUGGUAUUUUCUUUGUGUCUCUUCACAACUGGAAAGAAAACGAAAAUGAAUCGGGCAAUUCGAUCAGUUCGAGCUCAGCCACCAGCAAUUUUCUCCUCUUCCCUGCAAUCUUCUUUAGGCCACAAAAGGUCAGUGAUCAGGUUCAGGCCUGUUACAAGUUCUUCUAAGGGUUCAGGAAAUCCACAAACCAUGGACGAGACAGAAAAAAAUCCUAACGAAAAAACUGGAGAUGUGAUGUCUCAUUCAUUUGGAGAGGGGUAUGCCACGAGGUCGGAUGAAGAAGGAUUUGGAGGGACAUAUGGAGGGAAUCAGAGUAACUCUAAAAUAGAAAUGGACAAGGAGAUUCAUGAAAAUCAUCCAGCUUAUGACAAGACACAGGGGAGUGAAGUGAAAGAGAAGGAGAAAGCCAGGCACCAAACCCAGGCUUCGAGUUAACUUGGAAGAUCAGAGAUUUGAUGUUUAUGAGAUAUAUUUUGCUCUGGAAUUUUUCUCUCUUGGACUAAUCUAUCUACGCUGUGAAAGCUGCUGAAGCUUUCUUUUUUCUUUCAGUAUAUUUGUUAAUGUGAAUUGCUGGUCCUUGGGACACCCUGGCUCGCUUAUUAUAAGCCUUGAAGUGGCAUAUAGGUUUUAGGGUUUUAAUGGGAUAAAUUUUGAACCAUUUGGAUA